ACCGCGCGAGAGCGAGGCAGCUGGUAGAGUUCUCACAGCGAGUGUUUCCGCACACCUACCCAGAAUAAAGAGACAGGGAACGACAGGGAACGACAGGGAACAACAGAGCGGCGCUGACGGGAACUAGUCGACGAAAACAUUGUAUUUAUUUCAUGUUAUUUUUUGCCACAGUCUGGUUUGGGUGUAUCCGUUUUUUUACCACCGUUAAUGCCUCGAAUUUGAAGCAGUGAGAGGAGGACUCGCUGCUGUUAACCUUUACAUUGGUUAAGCCGUAGAGGACUCUCGCUGGUUGCCGGAGGAAAAGAUGUGCGAUGGAAUGGUAGCGUUUCAGACGAGAGCCCCGUCCUCCUCCUCCUCCUCCUCCUCCUCUCUAGCCCACAGGCUGGCUGCCUCCGCGCUUCUCCUCCUCUUCACCCUGCUCCCUCAUGGUCACGCAUCAGGUUGUGCACGGCCACCCGGCGUGCAGCACGGAGAACUGCUGAACCAGACCGAAGCUAACCGGGGCUCUUUUCCCCCGGGCACCCUCCUGACUUAUGGCUGUGGGCCUGGCUACACUGCAGAUGGACCCACCAGCAUCAUUUGUACCAGCUCUGGAGCCUGGUCCCAUCAACCUCCAAGCUGCAUCAGAAGCAACGUGUGUUCGCCCCCCACUGAACCAGAGAACGGGGGCUACCGCUGUCACCCGUCUCCCUGCCACCGCCUCACCCAGAAGACCGUCAUCGAGUACUUCUGCGACGAGGGCUACGCUCUGAAGGGCGACUACAAGUUCCUCACCUGCCAGAACGGCGAGUGGGACGGUCCCAUGCAGAUAAGCUGCCGACUCACACAAGACAAGGAGCCAAGCUCUCCGCUGGGUAUACCAGCUCUGUCUAUUGUGGCAUCCACGGCUAGUUCUGUGGCACUCAUCCUGCUUUUAGUGGUGCUGUUUGUUCUCGUACAGCCCAAACUCAAGUCCUUCCAUCACAGCAGGAGGGAGCAGGGAGUGUCAGGCCAGCCCAGCUCCAUCAUGGUGGAGGGUGUCCAGGUGACGCUGCCCUCCUACGAAGAGGCUGUAUAUGGAAGCAGUGGACCCUGUGGUGCUUCUGGUCCUCCUCCUUCACCACCACCUCCGCCAGCUCCUCCAGAGUCUCGAGUCCCGAUCGUACUCUCUGAGGGCCUUCCUCAGGGAGCCACAGGAGGCCAAGGCCCCAGCAGAACCCGCCACCACAGAGACUUAGACUUCUGUCUCCCAUCCACGUCCUCGUCAUCAUCCUUCUCCUCCCGCCGUCAUGCAGAGACGGUGCUGGUUCAUCAGGCCCCCUCUUCCUCUUCUUCAUCAUCAUGGGCUAGAGAGCACCCUGGGGGUGCAUGCGCAGGCCCCCUACCGCUCCGUAGAGACUCUGAGAGUAGCGACCAGCACAGUCUGCUUUCUGUCACCUCUACGGAUGAGUUUUCUGAUGAUAUUCCCCUGUUGAAGGAAGCAUGAAGCCUGCCAGCCUGCUAUCAGCAUCAGCAGCAGAGCCCCUCUUUCCCUAUCUCUCACUGCUGACCAGGACUGACUGUGACUGUCAACCUACUUCCCCCCCGACUCCCCUCAGCAGCCAGCAGAGAAGAGACUAGAACUACGCCCAUUCCCCAUGCAACCUCUUCUGCCAUUACUAUCCAUGCAGAGCAAAGCCAACAACCAAUACUCACUGCAUCAUAAGCAAUGAUGGAGCACCACUGGAGCCAGCUACCGGAUCAAACUAAAGACAAGCCAGACAAACAAAGUGGUGCCAGCUCAACAUAAAUCCUGUAGAUCCUAUGUAUAUGAGUAAAACAUACGUACUGAGUCAAGGCUGUGUACUAUAGGCUAUGUAUUGCUAUACACUUGCCUCCUCCCAGGUGUAGUUCUCUAUAUUAACAUGGCUCACAGAGGCUUCAUCGGAGAAGGCUAUAGCAACACGUCGACUCUGUUUGGGAUUACUUCUGAUUAAAAAAAAAAGAAUAAAUAACUUGUGAUGUUUGCUCCUGACGCUGUGGCGCUCGGAAUCAGAAUCGUCUUCCCACUGUACUUGAAAAGUUGUGAGUGACGGCUGGGUUUUUUGCAGCCCGCUUUGUGAAUGCUGCAUGUUGUUUUUAGUUAUUGCUGUCACAGCACGGUGGCCCACUCUGAAUGAAGCAUGAAGCCUCCUCUGUCUCUCUCUCUCUUACUCUCUCUCUCUCUAGCUAUCUGUGUAUCCGGGUGGCGUCGAGCAUAUGGAUUAGUGGGAUUGAGAACCACUUCACACGAGCUAAAAGCAGGGUGCAGCGUUUUACGAAGCACCGUAUCACAACUAUAAAAAGACCUGCUCCUUUCUUUUUUUUCUGUUGCCAGCUGCACCCAGUAUCUGAAAGGUGCUCCUUCUGUCGCAUCAGUGGGAUUUGAUCGGUGUUUCUGUUCCAGAAAUGUGCUAUACAUCUUAGCUGUAAGAGGAGGGGGGUUGUCUUUCAACAUGGUGACUGGGCACAUGACUGAAUUUUAAGGUUGUUUUAAUUUUUUCCACACUGUAUUUAUUGUUUGGUGUGUGGCUUUGAGUUGCUGAAUCUGAGUGCAUGUGUGUCUGUGUGUGUGUGUGUGUCUGUGUGUGUGUGUGUGAGUGUGUGUGCGUCUUUGUGUGUCAGCUUGGCAGGAGAUGACAUAUCUUCAUGUGGUCGGCCUCCACACAGCCACUAUCACUGAUUUGCCUCUCUUCGGAUCAGAGACCGGCUUCACAAUGUCCCUGUCUUGCACCAUAGGAAAAUAUCCCUCCCAGCACUGAAUAAGUCACAUGAACAAACCAGCGUCACUUCAGGCAACGAGUCCACUACACAAUGCGUGUAUUAUUCAUCUCCUCUCAAGCUAGAAUAUUUAUCAUUUUCUGCUGAAUGGCUGGAAAACACAAGUCUCCUUAGAGGAACUGGCUCUCGACCACCUUCACACUGUACCGAAGACUCUCCACUUUUGUGCAUUAUUGACCCAACUGCAACUGGUUGCAGUGAAAUGAUAAAGUUUUGUUAUAUAGCACCCCACCCCCGCCACACACACACACACACACACACACUCACUCCCCCUCCUAAUGCCAAGUGCAAAUUUAAAAGAGAAUCGUUGUAUUUUGUGAGAAAUCAUCCUCCGUUUUCAUUGCCACUUGAAAAGCUUUUGGUGGUUGAGCUGGUCACCCUGGAAACAGCAUGACUCCGAAGGAUCCUGAGAAUUACUUUUCAAGCUUAACUGCUCUGAAAAAAGAAAAGAAAAACAGAAUAACCCUAUUGGAUUUCUGUUCUCAGUUUUAUUUCGGUAUUUGUGGCUGCCUGUCAUUGUCAACGGCUACAUUAUUAAUGCAAACAGAAUGUUGCCUUAGACUUGUACAUUUUCUUUCUUUUUUUUUUGGAUGUAUAAUCUUAAGCCUCCGCGUUGGUUGCUUUACAGUAUUGCAACGUGUUCUGUUUUCCCAAUGGCCUUACUCUGUUCUUUUCUAUUCUAUGCAUAAAACUGUCUUUGUGUAUUUAUCAAUGAGUUUACUUUUGUUGUGGACACGACUAAACGAAUGUCCAUCCUUCUCUGUCCUCCCCCUGAUGAUGACGACGAUGAUGAUGAACCUAUAAGCACCUAUAUUUCACUAUUCCUUUGCUUCUCUUUUGCUACAAGGCAUUCAAAUAUUAUGGGAUUGAAAAGAAAAAAAACCUGAAAAUGAAUUUUGCGUUCAGAAGCACUGUUGUACGGUGUUGCUUCCCUGAAAAAUAAAAAAGUACACAUCUUGAUUCUUAGUUUCAAUGCUUUCAGCUUUGGUUUCUUCCUCUGUACAUGGCAGUGGGUGUGAAGAUAGUAAUUUAAUAUUUGUAUAAAGUUUAAUUUAAUUUUACAGUGUGUAUAUAACUUUCUAAUUAAAGCUUUCUUUUGAAUGUGGAA